CCGCAGUAGACUCAUAGAUCUGCUCAUGGGGAGGCCAAGCCUCAUCAGAUCUCAUUGCAUCUGCGGAGUUUUUCUCCUGCUGCCGCUGUUCAUGAUGACGCUUUACUGUCCCCCUUCCCUCGCCUUCACGCCCUCUGCCAUUCGCCCCGUGGCCCUUCCCCUCAGACUCUCUGCAUCCCGCUUCAGAUCAUCGCCACUCGGCCAGCCUGCCCUGUCAGCUGCAAGGCCAUCCAGGACUGACGACACAUCUCCCCCUGACCUGCCUGACGGCGCAGAGGAGGUGUGGUGGGACUUCCCUGUGGGUCCCGAUGCGCCUCCAUUGUCAUUUUCUGAGCGUGAGGUGCUGCCGGCCGAGCAUGACAUGGAGCUGAGGGACCGCCUGAUCUUCUCUGGAUCCUUCUUCGGGGUGCUGGGGCUGCUGCUGCUCUUCAUGGCGUCGGACAAGGCAGCCGCCACACUCAUUGGCACCGCCGAACGGUGAGGGGGAGAUGGGAAUGUUGACGCCAUGCACUCGCUUGUUAUCGUGUGUUGCCUGCGUAUGUCAGGCUGGGUCUUGAUCUGUAUCUCGAGUCGCCCGACGACGCCUUUUAUGCCCUGCUGUGGUCGGCCUUCACGCUGGCUCUGGCGUGUGCGCUUCCCAACUUCUAUGGUCAGCUGAUCGCCUACAUCCAGCCGUCCCUGCGGCGGUCCGAGCGGCAGGUGGUGACGGUGGGCGCCCUCAUGUCCUUCUCGCUACUCGUCGGAGGCAUUGUGUUUGCCGUUAAGGGCGUCAUGCCCUUCUACCUGGGCGUCAUCAUGCAGUCGGUCGGAUGGAUCGGCGCGCCCAACAUCGAGCCACUGUGGUCACUCCGUCGCUUCAUCGACACCACUGGCAGCGUGGCUCUGUUGACGGUGCUGCUGUUCCAGCUGCCCAUCCUGGAGGUGGGCCUCGGGCUGGCGGGGGUGCUGACAAGUGACAAGCUCAUCGAGGUGUGGCGCUAUGUGCUGGUGGGGUCCACUCUGCUGUCGGCCGUCAUCACGCCGACGACAGACGCCUUCACGCAGAUCGUGACGGCGGGGAUGAUCAAUGGGCUGUAUGGGAUCGGCAUCCUGGGCCUCAAGUGGUUCGAGGCCAACAGAGAGAAAGAGAAGACCAUCUGACUGAUAUGAGGAGUGGGGGGGUGGGUGAGUGGGUAGAGUUGGGAGCAGCCCCUACGUAAGCUCAAGCUGGCGGGGCGCUCGUCAACUGUGCUGCCGUGUGGCCGUGUGAAUAACGAAGGCUGGCAGUUGUCGUAGAUAAGACGAGGCAGUUGGAAGACCAUCGGAUAGGCUCAUGAACAAGGAGGUAAAGAUCCUCACCAACUGCGUGGACGCAGUUGAUGAUCUUCCGUCCACGCAGUUCGUGAGCUCUUUGCGUUGUAUUUCCUGAGACUGCGAUGGGACGGUCUGACUGUGGAUGGUCUUGUCUGAGUUGGUACCUGUCCUGCAAACUAGGUAGAAGUGACCGAUUGUAUGCGCUUUGCGUGUCCGAAUGCCCUCGUGCAUCAGAUUGAGACAGCGCUGCUGUGGCCCCCCUCUCAUGUGGCAGUGAAUGAGC